AAUAGAAAGUGUGAAGAAAACGAAAAAGAGAAAAAAUGCCACUUUUUCUACGACACGUCUAUUAUUUGGAAGAUUAUGGACGAAUAUGAUGCUAAGGCGCAAGAAUUUCUCGAUACUUAUGAUGCUCAAAAAAGCAAAAUUCAACAAUGCUAG